GAACAUAAAACGAUAAGUGUCUAAUAUCCAUAUUAAACAAAUGUCGGACCCUCGAAUUUUUUUUCAGUUACACCCUUGAAUACCAUGCCCACGACACGUCUAUCGUCUACGAUACAUUGAUACCUACUCUAUGAUACCAAGCCAACUUGAGCCACAAGCCACUCAGCGGGGAAAGCCGGCUUAAUAUAGGCUUGAAUUUCCAUGUUUUGAGCAUACAUUUAAAAUUGUGACAAGUAAAUGUCCAAAAUUACUAGCUAGGUACUAACAUUUGGAAAACAUUUUAAGUACCUAUCUAUGGUUAUUAGUCUUUGAGUUUGGUACACUAAAAACUAUAAUUGAAGACAAACGGAGCUGCACGCUACUCGAUAUUUUUUACUUUGAAGAAAAUGUACGAAUCAUAAAUAUGUAUUACUACUAAUAUCGUUAACAAAAAGUAACCAUGACAACGAAAACGUUACGCAAAAUCUGUAAAGAAAAACAAAAUAUCUGCACUUGGCCCAAAAAUAUAUUUAUUUUAAAAAAUAAAACAAAUGUUAACCUCUUUAAUACACCGACUAGAUUCACUUUCAAAUUAGAAAAGAUGCUGAAGUAAUAAUUGGAGAAUUUUUACUACCACUAAAGUUGAUGAUAGACAAGAAAAAAACCCACAUCAUUGUAAAACCAAUACAUUCAUCGCUACGUUCAGAAUCUAAUAUUAAUAAUAAUAAUAAUAAUAAAAAAGUUCAAAAAUAUUAAACAUUUUAAAUUCGUUACGACUUGAAAUUGUAUAAAAAUAUUAUGGCUGUUGCCAAUGAUUCAAAACAAUCAUCUUUAAGAUAGGUUACUUCAAUAGUGCCUACAACCAUAUAGAAUAAAUAGUUGUAAAUAGAUCUAUUUUGAGUUACCUACUUAUUAUAAGCAAUUAAUUAUUCCUUAAAUUAUUAUAUUGUACCUAUAGGUUAUAACUGAAAAAAUCCAUCCAUAAAAAAAUAUAAAUCUAUCACAUAGUAUAAUAGGUAAGGUACCUACAUACUCAACCAUUUUAAAUAUGUUUCAUUGGAAUUCAAACGAAAUUUGUUGCCCCGCAGCAAUGUUUAAAAUAUUUAAGAGGACACUUCACCGCGGCCAUUUGUAUUGUCUUCGUUUUAUAAAGUGCGUAACAUAACAAAUUUACGCUCAGGAGUGCGCGUUUAGCUCCGUUAAUUUAAAAAUUAGAGUGAAUAGACCUAUUAUGAAACUUGAUAGUAAUAGUGCAUUAUCUAUGAUUGAAUGUGGGUUUUUUACAAUAGUUCAAUUUUUUAAUAAGUUAUGCGUAUAUAAUAUAGCGUAAAUUCAAAAUACUCAUGACUCACUUAAAAACUCUAUAUAAUCGUAAAAAACCAACAUACGAACACAGAUGAAGUUCUUUCCAUCAAGUUUCACAAUAGGUCGAUUCACUCAAAUUUUUAAACUAACCAAGUUAAACGUGAUCUGCUGAGCGUAAACUUGCUAUGUUAUGCACAUUGCACUUGUAAAACGGAGGCGACAAAUAACCGUGUAACGUCCUCUUAAGAAAUAGUUUCAAUUAACAUCUUUUCAAAAUAAUGUAUCAACCGCAAUAAUCGAAAUGCUAUUUAUUUGCAUGAAAACGGACCUUAACGGUCCAAAAUAAUUAGGUUUGCCAUCAUCCAUGCCUCUGCACCGCCUCUAAAAUCUGAUACUGCUCAUGUCGUUCAAUAAUUGAAAAUAAAUAAAGCAAUUCAACACUUCGAUAAAUGCGUUGUCAAUUAAUCAUAAUGUUAUUAUUUAUUCAUAUUACAUAUUAUCUAAUGACCGCCAUCGAACAAUCGUUUUCUUUCGUACAUACGUAUAUUCAUUCACGUUCAGUUGGAUUUAUCGGCCGAAGUAAUGUGAAUAAACACAAUAUAACAAACACACGCAUACAAAAUGGCACGACGAUUAAAAUUACGAUGUAUAAUAAUAAUAUGUGUUAUAGUUAUAUUAUAGCAGUUACGUGUGCCGAGUGCUUUUAUGUUUUUAUUAUUAUAGUGACGUGACACGCCGUGACUACAGCUACAGAGUGUGAGACUGACUCAUUUUUCAAACAUCCCUCGCGACGGGGAAACGACGAUAGGCGUAGUAAUACACCACAGUAAAGCGUCUUUUCUCGGAUAAGUUUAUUGUUUUACACAUAAUUCGUAUUAUAUAAUUAAGUUACGUACAAGGCAAUAUAAAUAUUUAUAAAAUACUUCAAUUAUUCCGUAGGUAUUGCACGACAGAGGAUAACUCGUGAACAUACGGAGUGUCAACCGCAAGCAGGUCCUUUACCUUUUCUUUCGUAGGUUUUUGUUUCUUGUCGUCCAUUCAUAUCCCAGAUUCUGUUGUGUUUACGUGUUUUCGGCUCGCAACACUUCCUUCCGAUCCGAACCCUUCCGUUCCGCCUUCUAUAAGAACCGACCAUGCAGGAAGAUUCGUCUGAUUCGAACGGCGAGGGCGGUGCGCUGACUGCUAACGAAUACGCAUCCAGCACGACCAAGCGACAGGUGUAUUUGGAAUUCUCAGAGUUCAGUCCGGCGCAGAUUCGAAAGAUCGAAGACAUUUUUAACCAAUAUGAUGCAAACAAAGAUGGAUAUCUGUGUCGGAAUGAAUUGAAACGAAUGAUGAUCAAACGUCGAGUUCCAUGGACUGAAAACUCAUUGAGUCAACUGAUUGAUGAUGUGGACAAAGACAAAGAUGGAAAAUUGACUUUUAGAGAAUUUGUUAUGACAAACCGUAAGACUUUGGAGUACUGUCAACGUGCAUUGGCCAAACAAGAAAAAGUAGACUUUAACAAAGUUGGUAUUAAAGGUGUAAGAGACUUCUUUGAGGCAAAGGCUAAAUAUUUCAAAUAGGCAGUGCAGCAGUUUUUGAAAAAUAUACUUUAAAAAAAUAUGUUCUAUCUACUAUCUCCAGUGAAAAUAAAAAAAAAAAUUAUUUUUUUGUACAUAUUUGUCAAAUAGGUUAUUAAAUAUUUUUACAUAACAAGUUAAGAACAUUUUUAUUGUACGAGUUCAGUAGAAAUGUGUCAAUAUUUUUAUAAAAAUCAUCUUUACCUACUAUAACUACAAUGAUUUAAAAUGUAUAAUCAAUUUUCAGUUUAACUUAUAAAUAAUAAACGUUAUGAUUUAUGUUAUACACCAUAAACACUUUUUUAAAGCAAAUGACAAUAUACUAAAUAAAAAUAACAUAUUACAUUA